AUAGGAAUCCCCCAAGAGAGAAAAACUUCAUCGAAAACAGAAAGUGGCUGAUGAGAUAAAUAUAGAAUUGGAUAGGGCACAAGAAUUAUAACCAAAGAUGGCGUUCACUCAGCCAUCAAAGAGAGGUGACUGGGUGGAGGAAAAGAUUCUUGGUUCUGGAGGCUUUGGUCAAGUUGUUCUAUGGAAAAAUGAGGAUUCUGGAGAAUAUGUUGCCAUAAAAAAGUGUCGUGUUCAAAGUGAAAUGACGCAGAAGCAUCGGGAACGCUGGACCCUUGAGGUGGACAUUAUGAAACGUUUAGAUCACCCCAAUGUUAUAGCUGCUAAAGAUGUUCCCUCUGUACUAAAUGUCAGUACAGGAGAGCUUCCAUUAUUGGCCAUGGAGUAUUGUCCUGGAGGGGAUCUACGCAAGGUGCUGAAUAAGCCAGAAUACUGUGUUGGACUGAAAGAGUUUGACAUUCGGUGUCUAGUGAGAGACAUUGCUUCAGCCAUUGAAUAUCUACAUGGCAAAAGAAUUAUUCAUAGGGACUUAAAACCAGAAAACAUUGUGCUGCAGACACAAGAGGAACAGACUGUAUACAAACUGAUAGACUUGGGUUAUGCAAAGGAGCUAGAUCAGGGAAGUGUUUGUACCUCCUUUGUUGGAACUCUCCAGUACUUGGCCCCUGAGCUCUUUGCUAGUCAGAAGUACACUUGCACUGUGGAUUACUGGUCCUUUGGGACUGUGGUGUUUGAGUGUAUCACAGGAUUCCGUCCCUUUCUCCCACAAGUUCCACCUGUUACAUGGCAUAGAGAAGUUUGCAAAAAAUCUCCUGAUGACAUUACAGCAUUUUAUAAUUCUGAUGGAGUGGUAAAAUUCUCUAAGAAAAUUGUAACACCAACACAUUUAUGCAGAAGCAUGCAGGCUUAUUUUGAGCAGUGGUUACGACUGAUGCUGAGGUGGGACCCUAAAGCCAGAGGUGGGGGUCUCAUUGAAGGGAGACCACAGUGUUUCAAAAUCCUGGACACUAUGCUCAGUAUAAAGAUUGUGCACAUUUUGUAUGUGGCCAACAAUCAACUAUUAUCCUACCCAUUGCUCGACAACUAUUCUAUGCUUGAACUUCAAGAAAAUGUUGAAAAAGAAACAGGGGUCAAAGUUCAGGAUCAAGAUAUUUUAUUGGCUAGUGGGGCAUCACCUGACCCUAAUCUUGGGGCUCACCAAUGCUGGACAGCUCCGGGAGAUGAGGAUUGGGUAGUGUUUAUGUUCAUCAAGGGAGAGAAUCAGGGAGGUGGAGAGAAAAAGAACAAGCCAUUACCACCGAAUGUUCAGAGCAUCGUUAAAGACUCCAAGACUGCCCUGCCAUAUAACGAACAAAAGAGAGCAUGGGCAGAGUCUGUUUAUUUCUGUGGUCAGCAAGUGGUUGAUUUCAGAAGACUCAUUCAGAGUCAAAGAGCAGCUAUGUUAAGUUUACUAAGAACUAACUCCAGUUUUCUGAGGAUGAAGAACAGUAUGGUCGGUAGUUGCGAUCACCUGUUGUCAAAGAUGCAGUAUUUCAAAGAAUGUUUGCAACAUGACCUUGACAUGUAUGAAAUUCAGAAGUCUGAUGGAGUGCAAAAUGCUGAAAAAGUUGUGGCCAAAUGGAAGAGAAUUGGAGAGGAAGUAGAUGGUCUCAGAAAUCUGAAAGAAAAAGUAGCCAAGCUAGACCAACAGUCCACAGCCUUACAGACCAAAAUUGUGGAACUACAGAAGAGUCCAUUUGCUCGUGGCAAACAGAAUGAAGUCUUAGAAGAUAUAGAGAAGAAAGCUGUUACUCUGUAUCAUGACAUGAGACAGGCUGGCAAAGGUGGACGAGAUAUUUUCAAAGACCACAGCCCCAUGGUUCAGAUUGUUGUGAAGUGCCUCAUUCAUAGGGAUAAAAGUUUACAGGAUUUAUACACACAUUUAGGAAAAAUAUGUGCCUGCAAACAUGAACUGUUCCAGUUAUUACCCAGCAUUCAGCAGUGCUGUAAACAGAUCAUAGAUGCCACAGACAAACUGUUACAAUCACACAAACAGAGACAGUCUGAUAUCUGGAGUCUGAUCAAAAUGGCUGCAAAAAAUGGCAUGUCACGACAGGAUUCUAAAGGAAGUAAUUGUGCUAACUCCUGGGGUGCAUCAUCAUUAGAGUCCAUGAAAGUCUGUGAUGAUAACAGAGAGACUGUUAAAAAGUUUGAUGACAUAAUAAAGAUGGUGAUGGAGGAACAUGAAGAACACAUGUCUUCAAUGGAUUGGAGUUUUCUACCUCCUUUACAAAAGAACACUUCCUGACUCUGACAUACACUCACAUUCUGCUCAACAACAAACCCAAGAAACAUUCCAGAAGUCUCAGAUAUAUGGGAAAGUGCAAUAUAUACAUGUAUAAAGCAUUUGUAGACUAUGAACUUGCAGUUUUAAUUCCUGGUUAAAUUUUGACUGAUCUCAUACUUGGAUCUGGAUUUAGGGACAUUUCAGUUAGGUGAUUGUAUAGUAUGUACAGAAUUUUUAUGCAGAGAUAGUUAAGUUUGCAAAGGACCAAUAUUAUGCUUGUUUAAACUGAUGAGUAUUACUUGUGGGAGUGCACACAGUAGUAAUGUUUAGCAUAGCUUAUCUUACUGUUAAGGAAGACAGCAACUAGGAACAUUAAUGGCAAAGCUUAUGAUACUUAUAGUUUUGAUACACCUGAAUGAAAGUAUCUAUUGGAAGGGACCAAAUGUGCUUCAUUAAGGUCUAUUAAAAAUUCAUCUUAAGCUGCAUCUUUUGGAAGGAACCAAGGUGUACAUUGUGGUUGAUAAUGGAGUUUCUUCGUUGCAGGACUUCUUCCACCAAAAGUUUUGGGAUGAUCAAAAGCUAUGACUGAAUAUUACAUUUUCAUAUUCUGCUCAAUAACACAUUUCCCCAUUAGUAUGUCUUUCCCCCUAGUAAGAUGGCAACACUUUGCCAUGGUCAUCAUAUAAAUCUUGAGAGGGCCAUAACUUUGGACCCCUUGAUUGGAAUUAAUUCAAACUUAUGUAUGCACGUACAGAUUAUUUAAGGCAUGUCAUGAUGUUGACAAGCUUAUAUCUAUGAAGGUCACCGUGUCAAAAAAACAUGUCUAGACUCCAUGGAAAAUCAAGCCAGAGGACUGUAUUUAUUCUUUAUUUUACGUGAGUACUUACAAAAUGACUCGAAGAGGUCAAACCAGGUGGACUGUUGAUGAACAUUUAACAGUUAUUUCAGCCAUAUAAAAAUAUAUAUCACAAGUGGUACUUCUCACAAAAUUACUUGGUAAUAAAUUCCUUGCAUAUAUUUAGGAAUAAACAGUUUAUUGUAGAUCGUGACCUGGACAUUUGUUAUGACUUUGACUGAAAUCAUUAAGUUUUCAAGGCAAUAACUUUAUGUGUUAAAGAAAAUAUAUGUGUACUUAAAAAAGCGGGCUUCAUAUUUUAGCGGCUUUGACACAAACAAAAAUGUGCUAAUCCAUGAAUCCGUUAAUAAAUUAUUGAUAAGUACAAUACACAGUAUGGAUGUGUAUAGCCAUAAGUCUUGAUCAUGCCAACCACUCAAUACCCAGUGACUGCGCUAAAUUUUGAAUAAAUUUAUGUACACAUACAGUAUAUUUAGUAUUAUGUACAGUAUAUCCUGUUAAAGAAAAAAAACAUUAUCUAUGUGUAACUCAGUGUUUCAAUAGUUCUCUGUCAGUUUGUUUGUUUGUUUGUCCAGGUUGUUUCAUCACAUUAAGCUGAACUUUUAAUAAGUAUUUUGGAACAACAAUGUCAAAUACUAUUGUUUUGUCAAAGUGAGUCAGUAGUUUUGACCUUGAUGUGAAAUUUAGAAUCAUCCUUCAUAUCUCAUACUCUCAAAUAUCAUAAUAUUAUAAGUCUUAAUUGUCAGGUUUGCGAUAUCAUGGUUAAGCUUUAGUAGUUUGCUAUUGCCAUUUAGUAUAAAUUGUCUGUAUUAUUUUGCCUAUUUCAAUUUCUGUAAUGUACAUGUAUGUACUUGUAUAUGUUGACAAAAAAUUUAAACAAUAACCCUUCUGUCCAUUAGGGACUUUGUACUUACUUUCUGGGGGAGUACUUUACAAGGGUUUAUUGACAUUUUUUUUCAUCCUUGUACACUACGUGUAUGUUAUGGAUAUAAAGUCAUUCAUGUAGAAAAUGAUUGUACGAAUCCAAGUUUGCAGAACUUAUUUAAAUUCUUGUUCUAAUUGACUUGUUGUGUCAUAAAUUCAGACAGACAGAUGUUUCAUAAUAAGAUAACUGUGAUAUUUUGUUAUAUGAAUUCUUGUUUUAUGGUGCUUUUAUCUGUAUGUUUUAAGUUAAAAAGGAUUAUAUACACGUAGUAUUAUAACGAGUACAUGUGUAUGACAAUAAACAACUAUGAAUUAAA